GAACGUGUGUAAGACAGUGCUUGUUAGUGAGGUGUCGAUAAUAACUUUGAACUGCAGUGAGAGUUUUCACACCGGCCUGCUAAGCUACUGCACUCUCCAAUCUUCCGAGACCUUCAGAUGGCGAAUCGAUGGAGACUCAAAGCUAUGGAGUCGGCAAGCUGUCCUACUGCAACCCCAAGUACUUCUCGCACUGUUCCGUGGUGACCACGCCGCGCGUCGUGGCUGGCGUGGAGAGGCUCUUCACCAAUUACAGCUUCACCACCAUCGUCUACAUCGCAAACAAUUUUACUGCUGCAGGAAUUUUCACGUCCUAUAAAGGCAUUCGAUUCAAGGUCGAGCACAAGCUUUGCGACUACUUCAGACAAUUCUGGGUGCAAGCAAUGCUCCAGAAAAGCAUCGGAAGAAUGCCGUGCCCAGCGCCACCGGGUACAUUCUCUUACUACGACAUCGAGAUACCUCCCCCCAACGUUCCCGUCCCGAUGCGACCGGGCACGUACCACCUAUACAGCGAGGUGUACACCACCAUCACUAAAGAGAGAGCGCUCGUCAUCGACCACACCAUCCACUUCGCCGAAGACUACCAGAAGAACCGUAAAAAAAUGAACAAGAAGAAGAAGGGAUAGGUGAUGAUAGUCGUUGAGCUGUCAAA